UAUAUUUUUUUUUUAAUUCAGAAGUGAAGCAUCGGUAAAAACUUUGAGUGAAAUCAAAAUUUGAAGUCAAAAAAAUAGAUUUUCUUUUAGCUGAAUGCGUAAUACGCAAGCAACUAUACAGGAUGAAACCGCCAUCGCAGGCAGGAAGUUUCGCUUGUGCGCAAACUGACACAUUAUAACAAAAAAAAAAAAGAAAAACACGUGUCCCAAAUAUAAAUUGGCAUUCUAGCGUUUUGAUUAUGAGAAACGAACAGUGAUUUUUGCGAUGGAGCUUUUUCUGCUAUCAAUUUUUUGUAUAAUAGUUGUGUCAGUCAGUCAAGGAAGUAUUAAUGGUCAUGUUGGGCGAAGGAGAAAAUUUGGAGAUCGAUCGCCAAGAAUCGUUAAACGUAUGCAAAUUAUCAGGUGCUGCGGCAAAAAAUCGUGUUUUUUACAGCCAAAAAUUAGCACGCAGCUCAAAACAAGCUCUCUGAAAACUUCCGAUUUUGCUGAGCAAAAAGGACCCAAUAAAUCUAUAAAUUCGGAUCUUGGCUCAACCCUAUCCCAACUUGACAAUAAUUUUGAAUUAAGCAAAACUCAAACCUGGAGUGAUGCUGUGUCAUUAAGAUUAAACGAGCAAAACUCUCCUGGCUCAAUUUUGGAUACGGCCGUCUCCACGAGUCCAUCAUUUUUGGACUUAACUUCAUCAGAUGAGAAACUAAUGACUACACCCAUCAUAACAACCACAUAUUCUGCUGCAGAAAAAUCUGUUUUAAACAACGAGGUAGAAAUUUCCACCACGCCAACUCACUUUCCUGAGACAAAUAGAGCAUCCUCUUUCUCGAGCAACCAAUUUACUGGAGCUUCUACGUCAAAAUUUUCUGUCUCAACAUUCUCGGCAACAACAACGUCAACCAAAGAAGCAACUACAACAACCAUUGCUCCAGAGUUGAUUGGGAAAUGUGUUGUGGAAGCAAAUGCUGUGAACCGUUCCCUGUUUUUAACCAACGGGGCUUUAGCGGGUCCAGAUCUGCACGGUUUCUGGCUGGACGCGUGCGGCCAAACUCUGUUGCUUGGAAAGUCACUGGGAACUUGGCAAGAAAACAAAGCCAAAUGUUUCAGCCUAAAUAUGCAACCAUUCGCUCUUGAGAGCCGCGAAAAACUAGAGUGCAUGAAACUUCAAGCCAAGAGCUGGAAGUUCAAUUUGAACUACUGGACUGGCGGCACCAAAGAUCUGGCGAGUGGCACCUUUGGUUGGUGCUCGACGAACGGCACUUCGCCCUUACUGGAUAUCCUGCCGCUGGUCAACUUGGCCAGCGAUCAGAAUUGCGUCCGAAUGAAAAUUUCAAAAACAAACGGUUCAAUUUCAAUCAGCGAUCAACGCUGUUCGAACAGAAUCAUAUUUGCUUGCCAGGGACCACCAACGACGGCUCCUAAGUGCACUGGUCCCAUUUGUCCGAAUAUUACCUGCCAGAGAGACCCACUAUUAUUCACUUCGGACAACAAAUCUUCAGUUCUUAAGAACCACACUUUGCAUGGCCGGUGGUUCACAGACAAACUACGUCAAUAUCUCCUCAGUUUUGAAAACGAUACCAGAACUUAUUUGGAAGCGAUGAAAGUUUGUUGUGCUUUGGGCAUGUCUUUGCUAAGUCUGGAUGGAAAUCACAAAUACGAAGCUUUGGCUAACAUUUGCAACUCCCCUGAAAUGAUUUAUGCACCGGAGAACAUGACGUUUUGGACUUCAGGCUCGGACGAGGGCUGCGAGUCUACUUUUGGAUUCUGUACGGCCAAACGGUUGUUUGGCGACGAGGCCAAGUGGCUCCCUGGACAGCCGGACAACGCAGGACAAAAAGAAAACUACGUGGCGGUCAACAUUUUGCGCUCUCAGCGACAGGUUUUGCUCGCUGAUUAUGACGGUCGCACCAAAUUUAGAUAUAUCUGCGAGGUUCUCAUCGCCGAAUUGCAAUGGAAAAUUUACCGAAAAAUUUAUUUUUUGCAGAAAAGACGCAAUCCACAAUCCAAGAGUGGCAAGCAAGCGAUAAUCGACGAAUGCAGUGUGAUUUACAACGUUUCCCAAAUUGAAAUCGACUUACUUCAAAAUGCAUCAAAUUUUGAUACGCGGAUGAAAUGCUUCCUGAAAUGCGUUGGAGAGGCGGCGGGACUGGUGCUUGGUGGUAAAUUCGUGGAAAGCGAAAUCUUUGCAAUUCUCGAGCUCAUGGCUCUGCUGAAUGAGGAUGACAUUUCAAAAAACAUGGCCAUCAUGCAAGAGUGCAACAAAAAAUCUAGUGGAUUGGACGAGUGCGACAAAGUUUAUCAAUUGGCAAAGUGUGCCAGGGACAAGUCUCCAGCGGUUUUUGACCAAGUCGUCAAAGACUUGAACAUUCAAGAUUCAGAGAACGAUGAGUUGAUUUCCAAGGGGUACGGCUGUCACAACAUAGUUCCAUGUCCCAUUAAUGUAACUGAGAAAAACGUGUUCGAUUCGAUAAAUAUAAGCCCUAUGUCGUGCAAUUAUGACAACGCUAAUUAUUGGGUCUGCAAAUGCAGCGAUUUGAGGAAAAUCUUAAUUUUUUACAAGGCUGGAUUAAUUUACACUCAUCAAGAUGCAGUGAGGUAUUGUUGCGAGCGCGGACUGCGAUUGUUGCAGCCCCAGAACUACGUCAAAACUUCUACCUGCAUAAAUUCGGCGGCGAUUGCAAGCGGAGAGUACGCUAACUGGACGUAUACAAUGCUGAACGCGGUUGUGCUCGACGCGAUAAGUGGCUACAGCUUUGAUUGCGAAACGCAAACCGAGUUUCUGCCGAAAAUGCUGCACCCGAAUUACAAUUUCAGGACAAGUCCUCCUCCUGACGUUCAGUACGUCAACAGCGCCGGGCCGCUUUACGCCAUGUCUCGUACCAAUCAGGCGCGAUCGCCAGAAUAUUACUGGAUUGGAAGCAACAUAAAUGAGGUGUUCAUGUGCGAGGAAAAAAUUUAAAAUAAAGAAAUUGCCGAAAAAUUAAAAUUUAAU